UUAAAAAAAAUUUUCAUUUUCCAAUUUUGAUCUAUUUUCCAAGUUUUUCACUGUUCUUCAUCGAAAUUCGGGAAAAACGUAAUGUUUUCAAGCAAGUUUAUUGAAUUUUUUUCAUGAUAUUUUACUCUGAGUGCAUAAUUUAUCAUAAAUUCAAAAAAGAAGUGCGAUAGCUCGUCAUAAAUGUACUGAAAAUAUGAUAUGUUGGCGUUACAAUGAAAUCGUCAAAGAUUUGGUUAUUUUCCGGUGUCAUCCUCACAAUAAUUUCCAUAGGAGUUGAAGCAGAAUCCAAAGGCGUUGCUAGCAAACGAGCAAAUUCUUUAUCGUAUUAUAACAAAGAACCAGAGAAUUCGAAUGAAAAAUUCAACCCUCGUGGUCCAAAAGUGCUAUGUUCUUUUUUGCCUAUGGAAUUUCUCGACUGCCAAGAUCCCGUUGAUUGGAAAGGCAAUAAAACAGCUCGCGAUGAAGCUGGUCAUGGUUGUUGGAAGUAUGGAAGUUACCGUUAUGAAGACGUUGAAAGAACCAGUGUUAAAUGUGAAGUAUUGAAAGGAAUAGAAUGCUAUGGAAACGGAACUUUUUAUCGAGCUGGAGUUCCUUGCAUAAAAUACGGAGGAUACUAUUUCCUGACAACUUUGUUAUUCAGUAUUUUACUUGGGUUCUUCGGUGUAGAUCGUUUCAGUCUGGGUCAAACUGGUACAGGUGUUGGGAAAUUGUUGACCAUAGGAGGAGUAGGAAUUUGGUGGGUUGUUGAUGUUAUUUUACUAGUUACUAAUGGUCUUUUACCUGAAGAUGGUAGCAAUUGGGAAAGAUACAAGUGACCCAUCUUUCCAUAAAAUAUGUUUUUUGUGAUAUUAUGUUUUUCGAAGUUUGAAAUUUAAUGCUUUAUAGAUCCGUUUAUGUGUAUUUAUUUUAUGAGUUUUUUUUUUGUAUAUUUGUUCUUUUAUCCUUAAUAAAUACAUCGAAUGAUUA